ACUCUUAUUUGCAUUGCAACCUUAACCAAAAGCACAUUCAAACUAAGAUAGUACUCAUAUUGCUUCAUAAGAGAUGGAGAGUGUCAAAACCAAUUAUAAAUACUCAUCCAUCUUCAUAGCCAUUUUUAUUCUCUUAUCAUCUCCCACAUUGUCUUUAGCAAAUGCUAAAACUCACGAGCACGAAUUUGUCGUUGAAGCAACUCCAGUGAAGAGGCUGUGCAAAACUCACAACACCAUAACCGUGAAUGGGCAAUUCCCUGGCCCAACUUUGGAAAUUAACAAUGGAGACACUUUGGUUGUCAAAGUCACUAACAAAGCUCGUUACAAUGUCACCAUUCAUUGGCAUGGUGUUCGACAAAUGAGAACAGGAUGGGCAGAUGGUCCAGAAUUUGUGACACAGUGUCCCAUUCGUCCUGGAGGAAGUUACACCUACCGUUUCACUGUUAAUGGACAAGAAGGGACACUUUGGUGGCAUGCUCAUAGUUCAUGGCUAAGAGCCACUGUUUAUGGUGCUUUAAUCAUUCGUCCUAGGGAAGGAGAGUACUACCCUUUUCCUAACCCAACCCGCGACACACCCAUUCUUUUAGGGGAAUGGUGGGACACAAACCCAAUAGAUGUUGUGAGGCAGGCCCUAAGAACAGGAGCAGCUCCAAAUAUAUCUGAUGCAUACACUAUCAAUGGUCAACCCGGUGACUUUUACAAAUGCUCUACUAAAGGCACAACCAUCAUUCCAAUACAAUCUGGCGAGACAAAUCUCAUCAGAGUGAUCAAUGCAGCACUCAACCAACCACUUUUCUUCACAAUCGCCAACCACAAACUAACGGUGGUUGGCGCUGAUGCCUCUUACCUCAAACCUUUCACCACCAACAUCCUCAUGUUAGGACCGGGCCAAACCACCGAUGUCUUAAUAACCGCAAACCAACCACCUUCUCGAUACUACAUAGCUGCUCGGGCUUACCAAUCCGCGCAAAAUGCACCGUUUGAUAACACUACAACCACCGCCAUACUCCAGUACCACAAUUCAAUCAAAACAAAACCAAUCAUGCCACCACUCCCUGCUUAUAAUGACACCAAUGUAGUUACUAAAUUUAGUAGAAGUUUUUUUAGUCAAAGAAAAGUUGAAGUUCCAACCGAAAUCGACGAAAAUCUCUUUUUCACAAUUGGUUUAGGACUCAACAAUUGUCCAAAAAAUUUCAGGAAAAGAAGGUGUCAGGGUCCUAUUAACGGAACACGCUUCACUGCAAGUAUGAACAAUGUAUCUUUUACUCUUCCAAACAACAUUUCAAUUUUGCAAGCUCAUUACGAUAGAAUUCCCGGAGUUUUCACCACUGAUUUCCCCGCAAACCCACCUGUAAAAUUCGAUUACACCGGUAACGUGAGCCGUUCGCUUUGGCAACCUACACCGGGGACUAAAGCUUAUAAGUUGAAGUUUGGAUCAAGGGUUCAGAUUGUGUUACAAGAUACAAGUAUUAUCACACCUGAGAAUCACCCAAUUCACCUUCAUGGAUAUGAUUUCUACAUUGUUGCCGAAGGGUUUGGAAAUUUUAACCCUAACAAAGAUACAUCAAAAUUCAACCUUGUUGAUCCACCUAUGAGAAAUACAGUAGCUGUACCUGUCAACGGUUGGGCCGUUAUCCGAUUUGUUGCUGAUAAUCCAGGUGCUUGGAUUAUGCAUUGUCACUUGGAUGUUCACAUUGGUUGGGGUUUGGCCACUGUGCUGUUAGUAGAAGAUGGAGUUGGAGAAUUGCAAUCCAUAGAGCCACCUCCACUGGACCUGCCUCUCUGUUAGGAUGGAUAUUCAAAUUCUUCAUAAUAAGAGUCUUAAUUUUUAAUUAGUUUGGAAGUGUUGAUUUUUGUUUCCCUAAAUUUUGGAAAGUUUUUUGAUUUUUUGAUAUAGGAGAAGCUGUUCUGUUUAAUGUAUUUUCCUCUGUUUAGUUUCCUUUUUGUCUAGAAAAUGGUUUGAACCUUUGGCACCAUCUUAAGUCACAAAAGCCUAAGUAGAAAAAUUGAUGUUAUAUAAAUUUUCCUAUAGUUUUGUUAUAAAUAUAUUGGAAAAAUUUGUUUCCUGUCUA